UUUAAAUUGGGAUAAAGGAAUAUAUGAUUUUCUCCCAACCCGAAUUAUGACCCGUAGCUUUGAUCCAAUCUCCUUCGUAGUAAAAAAAAAGAAGAAAAAUUACAUUCACUCCAUAUUCUCUCUUACACAAUCGCACUUGCAGUUGCAACGGGUUCGCCGAUCUUUUCUCUCUGUAUAUUCCCAUCUCCGAUCUCAAGACACAGAACAUAAAAUUAUUAAUUUGAAUCCCAAAGAGGAUUACCCAUCCCUGCCGAUUGACCCAAAUUCGAGACAAGAUCCGUUCGAAGAUUUGGAACAGAACUGCCCGUCUUCCGAUUUAAAGUUUGAGUUAUCAUGGCGUGAAAGAGGCGGUGGUUAGGGUUACUCGAAUUAUAGAGGAAGAAUCCGGCGAUCUGAGCAUUUGGUGCGUGUUGAUUCUGGUUUGCGGAGGUGAUGGAUGUGGAUUUUACUGGCGAUGUUGCCCGCUUGGACACCGAGCUAUUGCAGCUGCCGGAGCUGUCCCCAUCGGCCGUCAAAACGAAUUCUUAUGUCGUGGAGAUGCUCUUUGAUCGGUGGCUCUCGCUGCCUGAUACGGCUGCACUGGUAAAAUCAUUAGUCAGUAAUGCCAAAGGGGCCGGUCCCUUUAAUGUUACAUCAAUUUCUUCAAGCAGUAGUUCUGCCACAAGCAACUCUUUGCCCUCCAUGUUUCCUGCUGGCAGUGCACCUCCACUUUCACCUCGAAGCUCUUCUGGCUCACCCAGAACUGUGAAGCAGAGGGCAGGGCCUUCUCAAUUUGGUUCUCCUCUGAAAUUAAUGAAGGAACCAGUUAAAGAGACGAUUCCACAGUUCUACUUUCAAAAUGGCUGUCCACCUCCGAAUGAAUUGAAGGAACGGUGUUUGUUUAGAAUCAAUCAGUUUUUCUAUGGUCAUACGGAUGGAAUACCAAUGCAAGAAUUUAAGCUGAUAACUAAGGAAAUUUGCAAGAUACCAUCAUUCUUCUCUACUGCUCUUUUUAUGAAGAUCGACAGUAGCGGCACUGGGGUUUUGACUAGGGAUGCUUUCAUUGAUUACUGGAUUAAUGGAAGUAUGUUGACUAAAGAUAUAGCAACUCAAAUAUUCACAAUCUUGAAGCAGCCAGAUCUAAAAUAUCUAACGCAGGUAGACUUCAAACCCGUGCUUAAAGAAAUUUUAGCAACUCAUCCAGGGUUGGAGUUUCUACAGGGUACACCUGAAUUUCAAGAAAGAUAUGCUGAAACUGUUACAUACAGAAUUUUUUACUACGUAAACAGAUCUGGUAAUGGACGGCUUACCCUCAAGGAGCUGAAACAUUCAGAUCUAAUUUCUGCAUUGCAGCAUGCAGAUGAAGAAGAAGAUAUCAACAAGGUCUUGAGGUACUUAUCUUACGAACACUUCUAUGUGAUAUAUUGUAAGUUUUGGGAGCUGGAUACAGAUCAUGAUUUCGUCAUUGAUAAAGAGAACCUUAUUAGAUAUGGUAACCAUGCACUUACAUAUCGGAUUGUUGAGAGGAUAUUUUCUCAGGUUCCGAGAAAGUUCAGCAGUAAGAUUGAAGGAAAGAUGGGUUAUGAAGAUUUUGUUUACUUCAUAUUGUCAGAGGAGGAUAAGUCAUCUGAGCCUAGUCUUGAGUACUGGUUCAAAUGCAUAGAUUUGGACGGAAAUGGGGUUCUGACGAAGAAUGAAAUGCAAUUCUUUUACGAGGAGCAGUUGCACCGAAUGGAAUGCAUGUCCCAAGAGCCGGUACUUUUUGAGGAUAUUUUGUGCCAAAUAAUUGACAUGAUUAAUCCGGAGAAUGAGAGUUGUAUCACAUUACAUGACUUGAAGGGCAGUAAACUUUCUGGCAGUGUUUUCAAUAUUCUUUUUAACCUCAACAAAUUCAUGGCAUUUGAGACUCGUGAUCCUUUCCUUAUUCGCCAGGAGCGGGAGAAUCCACAUUUAACUGAGUGGGACCGGUUUGCACGCAGAGAAUAUAUUAGGCUUUCAAUGGAGGAAGAUGCUGAGGAUGCAUCCAAUGGAAGUGCUGAUGUUUGGGAUGAAUCUGUUGAAUCUCCCUUUUGAACUUUUGUUUGUUCGCUACACUGAGGUACGCAGAAUCUUGUUUGGCCCCGGGCUCUGAGGAUUGAAUGUCAGAAUUUUGCACGGCCCAUUGAUCGCGGGGUUGGUUACUGGAUCUGCAUGUUCCUGAAGAAGAAGAAAAAAAGGGUUGCUUGUGAGUGAUUGUGACAUAACUACUGAUCAUUUCAUCUAUAUGCAGAAGUGGGAAGCUCAGACUUGAAUAAUUUCAUCUACUGGCCAGUCUCUUGGCAAGCUCAUAGUUGCAGUGUGAUGAAACAAAAGCCAUUUCUGCAUAUCUACAACUUACAAAGCUUUGGCGUUUCUCCCACCUGUAAGGAACCUUCAUUUUUACUUGUUCCAGAUCACAUUUAGUUUUCCAAUUACUCUUGAGGGGAUUUGUUGUUUUUU